AUGAUUUGGAAUUCAAUCAUUUGGUUUACUUUAAUACCCUCAAUCUUUGCCUCAUCAAUUGUUCAACAAAGUCAACAACAACAAAACCCACCACAAGUUCAGAUCCAAAAUGGUACCAUCUCAGGUAAAUACUUGGAAUCAUUCAAUCAAGAUGCUUACUUAGGUAUCCCAUUUGCCGAACCACCAAUCAAUGAAUUAAGAUUUCAACCACCUAAAAGUUUCCAAACAAAUUGGAAUGGAACAAAAAAUUUCACAGAAUAUGGUUAUGCAUGUUUUGCACAAGCUGGUACAGAUUCUCAAAGAUUAUCACAAUCUGAAGAUUGUUUAACUUUAAACAUCGUUAAACCUCAUGGUGAAUUUAAUGAUUCAUUACCUGUGGCGAUUUGGAUUCAUGGUGGUGGAUUCACUGAUGGAUCAGGUUCAAGACCAAGUUAUAAUACUUCAUGGAUUGUUCAAAAUUCAAUUGAAAUUGGGAAACCAAUAAUUGCCAUCACUAUAAAUUAUAGAUUAGGCGGGUUUGGAUUUUUAUCCUCAAAUCAAAACACUUUACAAAAAUGGACAAAUGUUGGAUUAAGAGAUCAAAUUCAAGCUAUAAAAUGGGUUCAUGAAAACAUCGAGGGAUUUGGUGGUAAUCCAAAUCAUAUUGUUUUAUGGGGUGAAUCUGCAGGAUCUACUUCUAUAGGGAGAUUAUUAACAAAUGAUAAAUUAUUAGGUUCAUAUAUUAAAGGUGGUAUAAUGGAAAGUGGACCAAGUGUUUUCACAAAUUAUGAAAUUGGUCAAACUAAAACCAAUCAACAAGAUUUUCAAAAAUUAUUAGAAUAUUUCCAUUGUGAUGAAUCUGAAAAUUAUUUGGAAUGUUUACAACAAGUUGAUGGAGAUGAAUUACAUAAAGUUUUCAAUGUUACUAAUGGUAUAUUGAAAAAAGGGUUUGGAUAUGCAUAUAUAGAUGGUGAUAUUGUUCAAGGGUCAGCUUAUGAUAUCUUAGAGAGCGGUGAAGGAUUCCUUAAAGUCCCUAUUUUAAUAGGUACAAAUACAGAUGAAGGUACAGGAUUCAUUAAUCAAACUCUUAAUACCACAGAAGAGGUCAAGGGAUUCUUACAAAGUCGUUUCCCAAAUUUAGGUUCCAAAUCAGCUGAUAACUUGAUUGAUUUAUAUUUCAAUGGAAAUGAUACAGAAUUAUCAGCACCUUUAGAUCCUACUUAUAAUUCAACACCAAUUGUUUAUCCUGAAGGUUUUGGUAAAGCUUAUCCAAAAUUAUCAACUUUAUGGGGUGAUGUAAAAUAUAUUGCAGGUAGUAAAUUCACUGCAGAAUUUUAUUCUAAUCAAAAAAUCCCAGUUUAUAAAUAUAGAUUCAACAUCCCAAUUGCAGAAACCAUUGAUCAAUUAUAUUUAGGAACUGCUCAUUAUGAUGAAGUUGUCUAUGUGUUUGAUAACCAAGAUCCACCAACUCAUAGAGCUGAUGGUACAACUAUUUUCCCUCAUGAGCAAAGUUCCAAGGUUGCAAAUGCCAUGUCAAAGCUAUGGAUAUCAUUCAUUCAUGAUCUUGAUCCAAAUAUCGAAAAUGGAGAUCAUAAAGAUAGUGGAGUCUUGGAAAUUGAUGUACCAAAUUGGCCUGUUUAUAAAGAUGGUGGUGAACAAAUUGUUUUCGAUUUGAAUGGGGUUUAUAUUGAAGAAGAUACACAAAGGACUGAACAAUUCGAGUAUAUCAGAAAGAUUAUUCAUCAAUUGGAUGGUUGA